CCCGGGACCGGCUCUCCAGGGACAGGACCAUCCCGGACCCGCUCUCCACGGACAGGAUCAUCCCGGACCGGCUCUCCAGGGCCAGGACCAUCCCGGACCGGCUCUCCAGGGCCAGGACCAUCCCGGACCGGCUCUCCAGGGCCAGGACCAUCCCGGAGCCGCUCCCCACGGCCAGGACCAUCCCGGAGCCGCUCCCCACGGGCAGGAUCAUCCCGGAGCCGCUCCCCACGGGCAGGACCAUCCCGGAGCCGCUCCCCACGGGCAGGACCAUCCCGGAGCCGCUCCCCGUGCAGCUGCCGAGGUAGCGAGCUCUGGGUGCGGCACAGCAGAAGAGGAACACGCAUCCAUCCCACCCUCCUGUCCAGGUGUCCCAGCAAGAGCAGAGACCCCGUGCCUGGGAAGGGACAGCGCUCUGGACCUGCAGCAAAGCACCACAGCCAGCAGCUGAGGGAAGGAAUGAAGAUACUGCAAGAUGUUCAACUCCAGCAGCAGCCCCUGGGGAAACAACUGCAGCCACAGCACGGUGAUAACCACAAGAGUCAUCCCGCUGCUCUACUGCUUCAUCUUCCUCGCAGGGCUCUCGCUCAAUGCUGUGGCAGCCUGGGUCUUCCUCUACGUUUCCAGCACAAAGAGUUUCAUUGUCUAUCUCAAGAACAUCGCUGUGGCCGACCUCCUCAUGAGCCUGACGUUUCCUUUCAAAAUCCUUGCAGAUUCAGAAAUUGCCCCUGUGCAGCUGAACCUGUUGGUGUGCAGGUACUCAGCAGUUGUGUUCUACAUGAACAUGUACAUUGGGAUCGCCUUCUUCGGCCUCAUAGGGUUUGACAGAUACUACAAAAUCGUGAAGCCUUUGUUCACCUCCUUUGUUCACACAGUUAACUACAGCAAGGUGGUCUCCAUAAUCAUAUGGCUGUUACUGAUGAUUCUGUCAUUUCCAAAUAUGAUUUUAACUAAUGAAAUCACUAAAGACAAUGACUCCAGAAAAUGCAUAGGUCUUAAAAGUGAGCUUGGCAGACAAUGGCACAAAGCAACAACUUAUAUUUGCACGGGGAUUUUCUGGAUUGUUUUUUUCCUGCUAAUCAUAUUCUACACUUCUAUAUCCAAAAAAAUAUACAGCUCUUACAAAAAAUUCCGGAGGAGCUCAGACACGGCCAAGAGAAAAACCAGCCGGAACAUAUUCACCAUCAUGUUUGUGUUUGUCAUUUGCUUUGUGCCCUACCACCUCUGCAGGACCCCGUACACCUUGAGCCAGACCAGCUCCCACUUCACCUGCCAGUCCCAGAAAUCGCUCUUCUACGCCAAGGAGUUCACUCUGGUGCUGUCUGCUGCAAACAUCUGCCUCGACCCCAUUAUUUAUUUUUACCUCUGCCUCCCCUUCAGAGAAAAGCUGUAUCAAAAACUGCAUCUCAAGCUGAAAGCUUCAAGUGAGGUUGAAAUUUCUAAAUCCCGAAGAUCAAAUACGCUUGGGGAAAGUAUAAACAUAGUGUAGGUUUGUGUCUCUACAGUAAUGCACAUUUCAGGAAGUUAUUCAUGAAUGCAGAUGUCCCAAAGAAACAGAGACAACCAGCAACUAACAGGAGAGGGGUUCAGCACAGCACCAGCUGCUGCUUCUCUGUCUGAACCCAGAAUUGCAUGUGCCAAUGUAUUCACUACCUGCUGUUUCAGCCGGUGCCCUGAUUGCAUCUGAUCACAUCUGGGUCCCAAGGACAGAGAGAGGAGCCCCUGGAACAGCACAUUGUGGAGCUUCAGGCAGUGGCUCUCUGAGAGGAGUGUCCAACAGACCCAAAACCACACCAGUCUGCUUCCCUGGACUGACAUGAACAGAAACAUGUCCACACCAAUCUGCCUCCCUGGAUUUACAUGAACAGAACCACACCAAUCUGCUUCUCUGGACUCAUGAACAGAACCACACCAAUCUGCUUCCCUGGACUCACAUGAACAGAACCACACCAAUCUGCUUCUCUGGAUUUACAUGAACAGAACCACACCAAUCUGCUUCCCUGGAUUUACAUGAACAGAACCACACCAAUCUGCUUCCCUGGACUGACAUGAACAGAACCACACCAAUCUGCUUCCCUGGACUGACAUGAACAGAACCACACCAGUCUGCUUCCCUGGACUCACAUGAACAGAACCACACCAAUCUGCCUCCCUGGACUGACAUGAACAGAACCACACCAAUCUGCUUCCCUGGAUUUACAUGAACAGAACCACACCAAUCUGCUUCUCUGGAUUUACAUGAACAGAACCACACCAAUCUGCUUCCCUGGACUCACAUGAACAGAACCACACCAAUCUGCUUCCCUGGAUUUACAUGAACAGAACCACACCAAUCUGCUUCUCUGGAUUUACAUGAACAGAACCACACCAAUCUGCUUCUCUGGAUUUACAUGAACAGAACCACACCAAUCUGCUUCCCUGGAUUUACAUGAACAGAACCACACCAAUCUGCCUCCCUGGACUGACAUGAACAGAAACAUGUCCACACCAAUCUGCUUCCCUGGAUUUUAAUGAACAGAACCACACCAAUCUGCUUCCCUGGAUUUACAUGAACAGAAUCACACCAAUCUGCUUCCCUGGACUCAUGAACAGAACCACACCAAUCUGCUUCCCUGGACUGACAUGAACAGAACCACACCAAUCUGCUUCCCUGGAUUUACAUGAACAGAACCACACCAAUCUGCUUCUCUGGAUUUACAUGAACAGAACCACACCAAUCUGCUUCCCUGGAUUUACAUGAACAGAACCACACCAAUCUGCUUCCCUGGAUUUUAAUGAACAGAACCACACCAAUCUGCUUCCCUGGAUUUACAUGAACAGAACCACACCAAUCUGCUUCCCUGGACUCAUGAACAGAACCACACCAAUCUGCUUCUCUGGACUCAUGAACAGAAACAUGUCCACACCAAU